AUGAGUUCGAAAGCAGUCAUUUCGGUCAUCGGAUCGCUCAACGUCGAUCUUGUCACUCGCACCUCUCGCGUGCCGGUGGCGGGAGAGACAUUGACCUCGGAAUCGUUCGACAUCGGUUAUGGAGGAAAAGGCGCUAAUCAGGCUGUCGCGUGUGCUCGUCUGUCUCGGACGCAGCAACAAGCUUCUGAGGGCAAGGCAUCUGAUGUCGAGGUCCGCAUGGUUGGCGCUGUCGGCAAUGACGAGUUUCAUGAGGGUUUCUUGAAGAGCCUGCAGAAGGACGGAUUGAAGACAGACGGGGUCAAGAUUCUGAAGGGAAAGAAGACGGGAGUUGCUGUCAUCGUGGUAGAGACUGGCACUGGUGAGAACAGGAUUAUGUUCUGCCCUGGUGCGAACUACGAUGUAGAAGCCAAGGACCUUGUGGAUGAAGACGCGAGUGUUGCUUUGUUCCAACUUGAGCUUCCCAUGGAUGUUGUACUACACAACAUGAAGGCAGCCCGCAAGAAGGGUGUUGAAACAAUCAUCAACCCUGCCCCGGCCAUCACCCUACCAGCAGAAGCGUACGAGGGACUCGGUCACCUGAUCGUCAACGAAACUGAGGCUGCAAUCCUCUCUGGUAUCGAGAGCCCAACGUCAUGGGACGAGGUCGCUGCUGUCUUCAUCUCACGCGGCGUGAAGAAUGUCAUCAUCACUCUUGGCGGCGAAGGCGUAUUCUACCAGACCGCUAAGCAACAAGCCGAAUCCAAGAACGGCCGAAUAGUCCCAGCACGCAAAGUCAAGGUUGUUGAUACAACGGCAGCUGGUGACACAUUUGCUGGUGCUUACACUGUCGCUGUGGCUCAUUCCAAAUCGAUCUCGCGAGGCUCUGACUUUGAUCUCGAUGCAGCGAUUGCGCACGCUAAUCGUGCUGCUUCCAUGACAGUCCAGAAAGCGGGCGCGCAGUCGAGUAUCCCCUGGGCUGACGAAGUACCGAAAGCUUGA